UCUGUAUCUAACCCCGUGCUCAGCAACGUGAUGGAGGACUCAGUCACCUUCUCCUUGGAUCAGACCAGGCUCCUGACUCCCGACACCGAUCCCGAGAACGGCCAGCGCCUCCUGAGCCAGUGGGAGGAGAAUCCCAAGAAAUCGGAUGAGCUGGGCCCUGCUGCUGGAGAUAGCGUCGUUUCCCUGGACUCGGCAGGUCAAAGGGAUACGAAAGCGUUUCACUUCACCAGAAGGCUCCCAGAUGAUGACCAGGCCCCCCUGUCCCCGGAGGAAUUCUGCAGCCCCGCUCUCUGUAAACUUCUGUCCCCAAUCUUUAAUGGUCCGGAGAUGAGCUCCAGCAUGGACACCAAACCACUCAGCAAGCAGCCGGGGAGAACAAGAGAGGACCCAGACACACCAGGGGCUGCAGUGCCCAAACCAGGCAGCUCGGAGACAGCCGGCGUGAACAUCGAGGAGUCUGAGAAAAAUCUGAUUGCAGCCGAUACCAAAGCUCUGCAAGCCAAAACAACCCAGGAGGCGAUGGAGCUGGAUCUGGAGAUGUUAGCACCCUACAUCUCCAUGGAGGAGGACUUCCAGCUGAACAGCCUCGAGUGUGCUGAAGAUAAGGACGGACAGGUCUGUCCUGAUGUUCACCCAGAGCCCCGCAGAAGGAGCUCCACAGCGACGGACUCUAGAAGUUUCUCUGGGAGCCCGACCGAGCCAAGGAACACCGGCCCCGCCAGCGGCCGCCCCAGGUCCUGCAGCUUCCACGGGGUGCGGCCCAGUGUGCAGGACCAUCCUCGGAGAGAGGGCGACUCAGCCCACCCAGAGGGAAACUCUGCUGCUCUACAACGUUCCUGCAGCAUGACCAAUCUCAGCAAGGCCCCAAGCCCGGCCCCAGCCCCAGGCCCAGGCCCGGCCCCGGCCCCGGCCCCAGGCCCGGCCCCAGCCCCAGGCCCGGCCCCGGCCCCAGCCCCAGGCCCGGCCCCAGCCCCAGGCCCAGCCUCUGGAUACUACACACUCGCUUUCGGAGGACCAGCAUUCACUGUGGCUGUGAAGAACGUCCUCCUGGCUUUGUUCCAACCCCAGGCCCCUGAGGCCAAAGUUCAAACUCCCAGCAGCAAAGGUCAAGAAGCAACAUCCACAGGCGCUGCCCAGGGGCUGGAGCCGAGUGAUCUCCUGGACACUGCUGGACUCAGCAGAGAAUCAGCCCAGCACGGGCUGUCCAAACAGAGGUCGCAGUGUGACUCAGAGUUCGGGAGAAACCACGGGCAGCUAAGUCCCCAGAUACUGGACCGUCGUAACCUCAAAAGGAAACACUCUCUGCUGGUCGGGAACUUGCAGGAUUCCAAUUUGGAUGUUUCGAGUGAGGCUGACAUUGUCCAAGUUACAGCAAAGCGUUUGAAAAAGCUGGAGACUCAGCGAGCUGAAACACAGACGGAGACCCUGCCGCCUGGAACACCAAUGACGCUGACCAUGCAGUUACUUGGGAAGGAGGUGCCUGGCCCCCCAGAGCUGACCCGUUAUGACUGUGAAGUGAAUGCUCCGUUACUGGACAGACACCGUCUCUUGCAGGGCCCUGAGUUACUGAGAGCCCUGGAUCAAUCCUCCUGAGCUCCCUCACUGAACCUACAGCCGGAGGGGGGACUCUGCACUGACCUGCCCGAGGGGGUGGUGUUGGCAGGGGGAGGGGGAGUCAGUAUCGUGCCCUGAAGGAACAGUCACCAUUCCCCAUGGAGCUGAGAGCUUUGUGAACAUGGAAAACAGAGGGACUCUCCCUCUCGCUCAUUAAAAUCCAACUUUUGUCCAUCGGAAAUGAAGUGAAAUCUAACCAGUUUGAUCAGUUGUAUCCCAUCCCCACCCUCCCCCCAGUUCAUCAGCUCUGCAACCCCCUCCACAGCUCUCCCCAAUCAUUAGCCCAAGGGUGGGUUUUGGACUGAGGAUUGAUUGGGAGUUUCUCUGUUUCUGACAGAUAGCUACCUCCCCAUUCUGCCCUGGUCAAUCCCGAAUGUGACUGUUUAGUUCAGGAGUAAACCAAGGACUGUCCUUCCUUCCCUGAAAACCACCUGAAAGUCUCUCAUUCUCCAUCUAUCUAUCUGUCUCUCCUUCUCUAAUCAUCUGUCUAUCCACUCUCUGUCUCUGUCUCUGUGCCAUCUCUCUCUGUCUCACAGUCAUUGUUUCUGUUUCUCACUUUGUUACCUUUGUUUGUAUCUCUUUUUUAUUCAUAUCUGUCUGUCAUCUGCCUAUUAUCUGUCACCGUUAGUCUAUCUAUCUGUCUCAGUCUCUGACGGUCUCUCUCUCUCUAUAAUCUCUAGUUCUCUAUCUGUGACCAUAUCAGAAUCAUUCUCUGUUUCUCAGUAGUCUUUGUAUAAUCUUUAUCAAAAUGUGCGGUCAGGCAGCAUCCAAGGAGCAGGAGAGUCAACGUUUCAGGCAUAAGUGUUUCAUCAUGUAUAUCUGUGUCAUCUAGUAUCUGUCUCUCAACUACAGUCGGUUUCUGUCUCUAUAUAAUCUUUCUGGCUUUGUAUCUCUGUCAGUCUUCGGUCUCUUUGUUCUCUGCCUGUCUAUCUCGUCCCUAUCCCUGCAGAGUUGCAUUGGAAGUAGACAUCAACAUAACUAGUUUCAAAUUGUAGGAAGGAACAGACCAGGAACGUGAGUCAAAAUUCUCUGAAACAGCCAGGUUCUGUUGCAAAUGUACCAAACAUUUCACUUUGAAAAAUCCUCCUCUUUAAACGAAUCAUGAUUCUAAGCCGGGAGGGUUUCAUUCUGAACAGAUUUCAGCACGGUGGCUCAGUGGUUAGCACUGCUGCCUCCCAGCGCCAGGGACCUGGGUUUGAUUCCAGCCUUGGGCGACUGUCUGUGUGGAGUUUGCACAUUCUCCCUGUGUCUGUGUGGGUUUCCUCCCACUGUCCAAAGAAGUGCAGGUUGGGGUGGAUUGGCCAUGGGAAAUUGCCCAUAGUCUGCAGGGUUAAGGGAUGGGGGGUUAGUCUCUUCAGAUCGUUGGUGUGGACAUGCUGGGCCGAAUGGCCUGUUCCCUCACUGUAGGGAUUCUAUGGAUUCAUGUGAGAAUGAAACCAGUUCCCUAAAUUUGGGCAUCAUGUAUUCACUGUCUCUAUGCAUGGGCUGUCAUGUGCCAAGAUAAUGUAGCCACACUCAUCGUCCUGGAGACCGCCCUCUCACAGAGACCCUGCUCUUGAGCCCGUUUUCCUGCAGGAUUGCAACUGUGGAGAAACUCCUUCAUCUAAAAGGUUCCUGCUACCACAACACGGCAGGCAGCCCGUGUGUGUCUAAGGGAACAGAUGCUGAUUCACUCUGUCAGGAAUCCUGGCACAAUAUCUCCGGGGAAUGUGAGAGAAUAAAAUUAAUCAAUAAGGAACUGCUUCUUCCUGUCCCAGCUCCUGAUGGGUCUCUCACCGACCCGGAUACUAAACUCUUUGUAUCUCCUUCCUCCUUUUGCAGGAUCUUGUGAAAACCUACCUCUUUGACCAAGCUUUCAUUUGAACAUCACCACCUGUGAUUUCGGUAACGCUCCCGUGGAGUGUUUAAGGUGCUUUAUAAAUACAGUUUGUCAUAAUAAAUCUCUGUAGCACCCCUCCACCUUGUUGUUUGGGGGAAAUCCACUCAGGAAAAUAGGAUCUUCUCUGAGACAGAGGGGUAAGGGUCACACAGUGACAACAUUUGAACAUCUUUCAGUCACUGGUCUCUGACUGUAAAGACAGAGCAAUGCAUUUCACAAACAGCCUCAAACAGGGAAGGGAAUUAAUAUCCAGGGCAGGGAAUUGACUGGAAAUUUCACCUCUUCCUAAACUCCACAACUUUGGGCUCAAUAAUGACCAGAUCAACCAAACUUAACUGCCCGGGUUAUAGGUGUGUAUCAUAGUCACACAUCUUACUCCCCCCCAACCCUCGAACACACAGUAAGGAGCAGAAGACACAUUAGUCAAUUGCUUCCCUGUUAAAAUACAGAGAGCCACUCACUGCAGGGCAAGCAAGAGAUAAAUCACUGACACAAGGACAGAAAUUGCUGGAAAAGCUCAGCAGGUCUGGCAGCUUCUGUGGAGAGAAAUCAGAGUUAACGUUUCGGGUUCAAGUGACCCUUCCUCAGAACGUUCAUUGAGCCACUCGUUUGGACAUCACCCCCCCCGCCCCAUGAUUUCGAUCAUGCUCUUGAGAAACACCUCGCAAUGUUUAAGGUGCUAUACAAAUGCAGUUUGCCAUUUCAAAUCCCUGCAGUUCCCAGAACAUUCUGAGGACGGAGCACCGUUAACUGAUGCCCCUCCACAAAAACCUGCUGAGAUUUUCCAGCAAUUCCUGUUACGUCUCUGCCUUACGGGACCUGCAGUUCUUUAAUAAAACCCGAAAGAAAUUAUUGGUGCAAUUUCAAGCAAUUUGUCAUGGUGCUACUGAGCCGGUCACCAAACCUUCACUAUGGUGCCGGCGUCUUCAGGAAUUAACAAGUUUCACUCCCUGUUCUACAGAGCCGGAGAGAAAAAUCACAGUGUUCUCCCCACACCGCCCACCCUCCUCAUUUAAUCUGAAGUUUUUUUUUGUUUGUUGAUUAGUUUUUAGGAAUAUUAACGCUGGGAAAAGAGGUGCUUUAGACAAUGGGCAAGAAUGACCUCAUUGGGUUAAGGGUCACCUUGUUGGUUGGGAGCUCUGUGUUUGGUGCAGGUACAGAGUUUGGGAGAUGGGAGCAUGGCCAACUCUCAAAGAAUUGCCAAGGUCUCCAGGGGACAAGGCAUCAGCAGAGAGAGAGAGAGAGCGCUGACCAAGGAGGUCCCUAUGGGUACAGUGCCCAUGGCGGGACAGCUCUCGACAGGAUCAGCUUACUUCCUGCCACAUUCUCCCUUCCUCAGAGAUGCCACUUGUGUACCUCUCCUCCCCAGGGGCUUUGUUGAUCUGUCCCUCUGACCCAAACCCGAGUUGUUCCUAGUCCUGCGAUUACACUGUGAUUGGUCAGAAUACAACCUGUGGCAGAAUCAGGAUGAAAUCACUACAAUUAUCAGUUUGAAAUGUAAUCAUCGGGACUUUGUUAUUCUGGGAAAUAAAUAACCUUUAAUACUG